GGCUGGGCAGCUCUCUGAAAAUAAUCUGAAGACCUGCUGCUCCUCCAAAACGAUCCCUCUCGUUUUAAUCCCGCUGAUAAAAACUCAAGUCCAAGAUUACCUGACCCGGUCCGCAGAAGGAACUACAACUUCCACAGGAACUCAAGACAUCCCAUCCUCCAUCAGAACCAGCUCCACGACACCCAAACCACCAAGAUCCAAACUUCAGGACCCGACCAGGACCCAGCCGGCCUCGGAGGACCACAGGACAGGACUUGGUCAAGGCCAGUGGAAAAGUUUGAUGGGCCAGCUGACUGUAGCCACAUGCCUCUGAGUCCGACCGCUGACACCAAACAUGAUCGCCCGCGGCAACAGGCGGUUACUAACGGCAACCCAACAGGCUCUGCUGUCGCCAGGGAUGACGACGCCGACGACUCGCCUCCUGGAAACAGCGUGGUGGUCCGCAUCGGGAUCCCGGACCUGCAGCAGACGAAGUGUUUGCGGUUGGACCCAGAGUUACCAGUUUGGACCAGUAAGCAGAGGGUUCUGGUGACGUUGACUCAGUCUCUGUCGGAUGUUUUGAACUAUGGUCUCUUCCAGCCGGCGUUCAACGGCCGAGCCGGAAAGUUUCUGGACGAGGAGCGGCUGCUGAAGGAGUACCCUCUGCCCCCCAUCACCCCCAUCCCGUACCUGGAGUUUCGUUAUAAGAGGAGAGUUUACACGCAGACAUACGUAGACGACAAACAGCUGGCGAAGCUUCACACCAAGGCCAAUCUGAAGCGAUUUAUGGAACAUGUCCAUCAGAAGAACGUGGAGAAAGUUUCCAAAUGGUUGGAGAAAGGUCUGGAUCCAAACUUCCACGACGCAGACAACGGAGAGUGUCCUCUGACCCUGGCCGUGCAGCUGGAGGACAGCGGUGAGCUCAUUAAAGUCCUCCGCAGCGGAGGAGCCCACCUGGACUUCAGGACCAGAGACGGGAUCACGGCUCUGCACCGGGCCGUCCUGUGCAGGAACAGCGCCUCGCUCACGACUCUGCUGGACCUUGGAGCAUCUCCGGACUACAAGGACAGCCGAGGCCUGACUCCGCUGUACCACUCUGCCAUGGUGGGCGGAGCCCCGUACUGCUGCGAGCUGCUGCUGCAGGACCACGCCACCAUCGGGAUCACUGAUGAGAAUGGGUGGCAGGAAAUCCACCAGGCCUGUCGCUAUGGCAACGUGCAGCAUCUGGAGCACCUGCUGUUCUACGGCGCUGACAUGAGUUCCCAGAAUGCCUCAGGAAACACCGCGCUGCACCUCUGCGCCCUGUACAACCAGGACAGCUGCGCCCGGGUUCUGCUGUUCAGAGGAGUAAACAAAGACAUCAAGAACUACAACAACCAGACGGCCUUUCAGGUGGCGAUCAUUGCGGGGAACUUUGAUCUCGCUGAAAUCAUCAAGAUCCACAAAUCAUCUGAUGUUGCAGUUCCCUUCAGAGAAACCCCGUCCUACACCAAGCGCCGGCGGGUCGGCGCCACCAGAACCGCAGCAGGAAAUGGACUGUCCUCGCCCCGCUCCCUCAUUCGCUCCGCCAGCGACAACGCCCUGGAGAGCCCCGCCUCCUCGCCCGGCCCCUCCCUGCAGAGCCUGGAGACGCAUCACGACACGCACACGCACUCUCUGAGACGACACACGCGCCGCCUCAGCCCGAGCGAGGUGGCUCACGUGGAGACCAGCCCCCCCUCCUCACCUCCCCCCACCCCGCAGAUGAGGAAGAGGCGGCUGUACAGUGCGGUGCCGGGACGGACCUUCAUCGCCACCCGGUCCCACGUCCCCCAGGGGCCCGGAGAGAUCCAGCUGCACCGAGGAGAGCGGGUCAAAGUCCUGUCCAUCGGCGAGGGGGGGUUCUGGGAGGGCAGCGUUAAAGGCAGAACCGGCUGGUUUCCUGCAGACUGCGUGGAGGAGGUCCAGAUGAGACAGUACGACCCGCGACUUGAGACGAGGGAGGACAGAACCAAGAGACUCUUCAGACAUUACACGGUCGGGUCGUACGACAACUACACCUCCUACAGCGACUACGUGAUCGAGGAGAAAACGGCCAUGCUGCAGAAGAGAGAGAGCGAAGGCUUCGGCUUCGUCCUCAGAGGAGCUAAAGCCGAGACCCCCAUUGAAGAGUUCGCCCCCACACCUGCGUUUCCUGCCCUUCAGUACCUGGAGUCUGUGGAUCAGGGGGGCGUGGCCUGGAGGGCGGGGCUACGGACCGGAGACUUCCUCAUAGAGGUGAACGGGACCGACGUGGUGAAGGUGGGUCACCGGCAGGUCGUCUCUCUCAUCCGACAAGGAGGAAGUCGUCUGCUGAUGAAAGUCAUGUCCGUCUCCCGAAAAUCAGAAAACCUGAUCAGGAAGAAAGCUCCGCCCCCUCCCAAACGAGCGCCCAGCACAUCACUGACGCUCCGGUCCAAGUCCAUGACAGCCGAUCUGGAGGAGAUAGCCAGGAGGCGGCGCUACGAGAAACUGGACGAGAUGCUGGCUGGAGGCCAACAGGAAGUUGUUCUGAGGACCCGCCCAUCAGACGACUUCAGAGCGGCGACGGUCAAACAGAGGCCGACGAGCCGACGCAUCACGCAGGCCGAGAUUAACUCCCUGUUUGAGCGUCAGGGUCUGGUGCCCCCCUCCGCCCCAGAGAAGAGCACCAUGGCUUUACCCAGAGGGAUGUCCAGAACCAAGAGCUUUGGCACACCGGAUGACAACCGGAUCUCAGCUCUGAUCAACGAGAGUCGGUUUCCACGGAGCUCCUCGCUGACGGACGGCUCCAUCCCACCUCCUCCUCAGACAGCCCCGCCCCCGCCUCCCUCUGCCUCCUCCACCUCCUCGCUCUUCCUCCUCGACUCGGGCCCUCCUCCAUCCUUCCUUCCCCCUCCUCCCCCGGGUCAAGGGGAGGGACUGACCCGCUCCAGCUUCAAGCCGGGGGCGGAGCCGAGGCUGCAGGAGCUCUCAGAUUCCAGAAGCCACACCCACGCCGAGCGGCAGCGGAAAGCGAGGUCCAUGAUCAUCUUGCAGGACACACCCCCACCGCCGCUGCAGCUCGACGCCCACGCCGCUGGCCACGCCCUGCACACCGCCACGCAGACCUCCACGCUGUCCAUCCACAGCACAAGCCCCGCCCUCGGACACUCGCCACUGUCACGCCUCCGGGGACGACCAAUAGAAAACCCUUACGCUAACGUGGGUCAGCAGGCUCCGCCCACCAAACCCCAAAGGAGGAAGUCGCCUCUGUUGAAACAACUUCCUGUUGAGGAGCAGGGUCACGAUCUGUUCAAGUUGGACCGGGGCGGACCUUCGAGCCCCAGCAGGGCGGAGCUGUACCAGCAGCAGGUGCUCUCCGAGCGCGCCCGGGUUCAGGGCCGCCGCUCCUCCCUCUUCCUGUCGGUGGAGGGGGCGGGGUCAGAGAACCAGCCGCCGCUUCUGCUGACCCAGAGCCACUCGAUGGACGACCUCGGAGAGCUCCCCCCUCCGGCCCCCGUCCUGUCGCCCUCACCCACGCCUCACACCUUCCUGCACCCGCUGACGGGCAAACCGCUAGAUCCGUCGUCUCCACUCGCCUUAGCCCUCGCUGCACGAGAACGAGCGCUCACGGCCCGAACGCCGAGUCCUGAACCCCGAACCAAGCACACCUCGGCCUCCACCACGCCUGUUCCCACCCCGGCGGCCAGUCCAGAGUCCAGACACAAGCGCACCCCUUACACCACCCCUCAGAGCAGCCCCGAGCCACGGUCCAAGCGCACCUCCCCUCAGACGAGCCCGGAGCAGCGAACCAAACACACGACUCCACAGACCAGCCCGGAGCUGAGACACAAACGCAUCACGCCACCUCUGUUUCCUGACGGACAGGUGGAGCGACCUGAGACAGAGGGAGGAGUCACCUCACCUGCUGCCCCCUCCCCUGAACGCUGGAGACCCUCCCCCCUGCCAGCACUGGCCAAUGAGAGCCAUUCAGCUCUGAUAGACAGACGGAGAAGCCUUACAGUGGGCAGCUCAGAGGAGGAGGGCGGGGCUUACACUGUGACCCUCCCACCUGCCCUGCUGUCAUCCAGCGAUGAGGAAACCAGGGAGGAGCUACGCAGGAUCGGUCUGGUGACUCCUCCCCCUGCCUUUGCCAGCCCCCCUGCACUUCCUCCUCCUCCUUCUCUCGCCUUGAUGCCACGGCGAGGAGGAGAGGGGGGAGGAGAAGGCGGUCCUGAGUCUCAGGGGAGACGGGGAGAUGAGGAAGAAGGAGGAGACGAUCGUCUCCAUGACAGCUCCUUGUCUCCCAGUUCCCUUCCCCCCUCCAUUACUCUGGCCUCCCCUCCUGUUCCCACCUCUCCCUCCUCCCCACCAGCCACUCACCCGUCUCCCUCCUCCACUGUCACUUCACCGUCUGCCCUGAAACCCCGCCUCCGAUCUCCGAUUGGUCGGGGCCGCUCAGCGCUCCGGGACCCAUUACUGAAGCAAUCGUCCGACAGCGAGCUCCUCCCCUGCGCUGCGUCCUCUUCCUCCCCCUCGUCCCCACUCUGCUCCUCCCCCACCAGCGGCCGGCAGCCACGGUACCUGUUCCAAAGGAGGUCCAAGCUGUGGGGGGGCGGGGACGAUGAGCGGCGGGGCGUGAGCCCGGAGGACGGGGGAGGACGUCCCGCAGCGCUGGGAGGACAGGUGUCUGGGUCAGCUGUGGACCUGACGAGCCGCUCGGCGUCUGCUCUGGAGCUGAGCGGCCGGGCCGGGUCCGGACUGGAUCUGGCCAACCGACUCCAGCUGCUCAACAAAGACAGCCACUCUCUGGGGGAGGAGCCAAGUCCCCUGGACCCGGGGCGGAGGUCGCCUGUGGGAGGAGCCAGGUUGUUCUCCAGCCUCGGGGAACUCCACACCAUCUCCCAGAGAGGAUACGGGUCCAGCUACACGGUCCGACCAGGAAGUCGCUACCCCGUCACCCGCCGGAGCCCCUCCCCUUCCCCCUCCCCCUCCGACAGGUCCGUGGGGCUCCCCACCUCCCCGGCCUCCUGCUCUGAACGCCCGGACCUGAGCUCGGGUCGAGGUCUGACCAUCCUGAAGUCGUCCAGCCUCAGCCUCCCCUCGGAACCGAAGGAGGUCCGUUUUGUAAUGAGGAGCGCCAGUGCACGGACCAGAUCCCGCUCUCCCUCGCCUUCACCCCACGCCUCCCCCUGCCCCUCCCCGGUGCUCAGCGGGCCCCUGCUGGCCCUGCGGCCGUGGAGGCAGCGGCCCCUCAGCCUGUGGAAUAAAUACGACGUCGGUGAUUGGUUGGAGAGUUUGGGCCUGGCCGAACACCGCCAGCGCUUCCAGGAGCACGAGAUCGAAGGCUCCCACCUCCCCUCCCUCUCCAAGGAGGACUACAUGGAGCUGGGCGUCACCCGCCUGGGUCACCGGAUCAACAUCGAGAGGGCUCUCAGACAGCUGCUGGAUAGCUCCACUUGACCUCUGACCCCUGACCUCUCUCUGAUAGAACAUCUUAGCUGUGACUGAAUUCUCAGACCUGUCCAUCGAUACCCGGCUCUCAGCUCUUUGAUCAACGCCACGCAACUGCUGGCUCCGCCCCCUUUGUCCCCAGCUCCCCGCAGGUUAGGCUAACCCGGACUUAACCUGGUUCAAUCUCUGCAGACAUGAGCUUUUGUUCAAACUAAUGAUUUUAUUUUAACCAAGAGGAGUUAAGAGCUAAAACCAGAUAAAAUUUAAUGAUAACAACAAACUUGAUCAAAAUUAAUUAAUUUACAACCAAUCACUAAAUUAGAAUGUAAGUCCAGAAGAGGUUUUAUUUAUGAAACAUU